AUGAGCGAUUUGGCUGAUUCGCUUCUAGAUUCAUUAAUUGAUUUAACAACUGCAGUUAAUGAUAUGCCAUCGGAAGUGUAUUUUGAAUUAGCACAACUUGAACAGCCUUUCGCUCAAAAAAAUCAACAAUUAAGAAAUCGAACUUUUACAAUUGCAGCAAAAUUCUUAUCUUAUUUAGAUAAAAACAUCAUCAUUGAAGAUAUGGAUGAUCUAGAAAACGCAUGCGAAGCAUCAAUGACUAGAAUUCUCAAUGAAUUAGACUUGGCCGAUUUCUCGAACAAAAAUAAAAUGAAAGUAAUACCAGUAGCUAAAACAGAGUUCAAAGACAUCAAUGGUAUAUCAUUUUUAUAUAGUAAUACUGUGUCAAAACCACCAAAAUUUUCACCAAAAAUUAAUCCGCCAGAAAAGCUUAAUGCAAUCAAGUCAAUACCUAAUUUUGCAACUUUCAAAUCAAAUUCUAUUGAUUUCAAUAAGUAUAAAACUAUAGAUAACGAGAGAGAUUUACUUUCUUUAUCUCAACAACUUCUUAAAACAAAUAUUUUAUUCCUAUCAUUAGAAAUUCAUAGAAUUAGAACAUACAGACCAUAUCCAUGCUUGCUUACUCUAUAUUCCCCGACUUAUGGUUUGUUUAUCAUCGAUCUUAUGAAAUUACGUUUUAAUUUGGACCCAUUGAAGGAAAUUCUACAGAACCCUGACUAUGUCAAAGUGUUUUUCGAUCCAAAUAUUUACGAUUUACUUGUUGAAUCUUGUGGAAUAUUUAUUUCACCAUCAAUUGACUUAUCCUUAUCAUAUCCAGGUAAAACUAUUGAUCAAUGCAUCAAAGAGCUCAAUGAGGAGCAAGAAUCUCUUCAAAACAUCGUUGUUGAUUGGAGAAUCCGUCCAUUAACGAAAUUCAUGGAAUCCACAGCAAUUGAAGGUGUUCUACAUCUUCCACACCUUGCAGCGAUGGCAGAAAACAUUGUUUUGCCUGAACAAAUUAUUCCUUCAUUUAUUCCUUAUUCUUUCACACCGGAAAUGGCUGAAAAGAUGUAUAAUGAUAUUAUAGCUAAAUAUGGAGAUCUUGAACAGUUUUCCUCCACAAUAUUAAAAGAAUUAAUUUCUUGGAGAGAUUCAGUUGCUGCGAUCGAAGAUGAAAGUCCAAAUUUCUUUGUAACUGAUAACCAAAUAUGGAAAAUUGCAAAAAACCUUCCAACAACUCAAGAUGAACUUAUUUCUUGUUUUGGAACGGUUAUUCCUCCUCUUGUGAGUACUUAUAGGGGUGAUAUUCUUCAAAUGAUCGUUGCAGCGAAGGAGAAGUCUGAAGGAAAGACACCUCUCUAUCUUGUUAAAUAA